AUGGGCCUGCCUCGUGCCGCCCCAGGAAGGCACCCGCUGGGCGAGGCCGCCGGCGCAGUCGGCGAGGCCAGACCGGCGGACGCGAUGCAGCAGCGCGCGGCCCGGGCCCUCGUCCUCCGCUUCGCCGACAAGCGCAAGCACCUGCUGCAGCGAGUCCUGCCGCGCUGGGUCCGUGUCCUGCGUACCGUCGGAGGGAGCACCUGGACCUGGAGGCUCUCUGAGCGCCUCGGCCCCGACUUCGGGCCGCGCCACCAGGAGCGCGUCCUGCGGCGCUGGUCGGCCCGCACGCUCCUCAUCCACGUGGCGAACAUCGAGAAGUUCCUCGACUGGGCUUCAGAGGAGCGCCCCGGGGGCGACCACGGCAGCUUCCAGGACCAUGCGGCAACGGUCGAGCUCCUCGUGAGGUAUGUCAUGGACUUGCUGGACGGGGGAGCCGCCCCCACCAUGCCCGGAGCACGGCUGCAGUCGUUGCGAUUUCUCGAUCGCGCAGCCGGGCUAGCGCCGCCGCUCCCGGCUGGCGAGGUCUGCGUCCAGCACCUCGCGCUGGCCCGAGCACGCGAGGCGCCAGCGUUCGCCAGGCUGCCCACCAUCUACACAGCAGACCAAAUCCGCAGGCUCGAGCGGGCAGCCGCGACCUUGCGGAACCCGCUCGACAGGGUGGUUAUCCGCACAGAACUUCGGAAACUGUUCGCCGCGCUGCGGAACGACGCUGCGGUGUGGGACAAGUACGGAAAUUGGAAACAAGAAGGCACCGCGGACGGGGGCUGCCUCUACGGCACCGCACACAAGACCAAAGCAACCGAAGCCACGGCGACGCGCCUGCGAGGAGGCAUGCCGUGGAUCGCCCCCCUGCGAGGCAUUUUCCAGCCGCCCUCAGGCUGGGCUCACGGCUACUCCGCAGACCUCAAAGCACUUGGCCUCUCAGAGGAUGCGGAGUUCGCGGCCAAGGGCAUCGGCCUGCACUCUGCGAGGCGCACCAUCUUCACGUGGGCUGGCAGCAGUGGCAUCUUCACCGACCGCGAGCUCGAGGUGCUGGGGCAUCACCGCUCCGCUGGGGUCGGCAGAGUCGUUUGCGCUUGCAACGUCACGGUGAUGGCGGCGCCAGUCUCAAAGCUGCGGCAACUGCUCGAACACAUCGUGCAGGGCACCUUCCACCCAGACGCGCCAGCCGGAAUGCAGUGGCGUGAUGGCGCCCGUUUUGCCAGCCAGCCCGCGGCGCCAGCGCCCGCUGCCGCGCCGUCGCGCGCCGAACCCGUCCCACCGGCCAACGCGCCCGCGGCCGCGUCAGCCGUCGGCCAAGCCGGCACUGGCACCGCGCCUGCGCCGCAGCCCACCCCUGCCCGCAGCCAGGCGGCCGCGCAGCUUCCCGCGAGCGCAGCGCCCUCCGCGCAGGUGCGCAGCUUCCGGGAACGCGGCCCGCCAGGCAACGCAGCUGCCCACGGCGCCCGGCAACAAGAGGCGACUGGCGCCUUGGCAAUGGGUGCCGCCACGUCGCCGCCCGCAGCUGCCGCGCUGCUCCAGCGCAAGGAACGCCUCGUCGUCGAGACGCCGAACGGGCCCGUGACGAACCCGUGCGAUUUCGCGGUGAACCAGGCGAAGUGGUCCCUGCAGCCGCCGGGCCCCGCGUGCGUCAUCUGCAAGGUCUGCCGAAGCCGCGUCUCCCUGGAGCUGCCUGCGCCCGCGCCCGCCCCCCCCGCCGCGCCGCCACCGGGCAGCAUCAUGGCCGCGUUCGCCGAGUGGAUCGCGGAGCUGCCGCAGCAGGUCCGCGAGCACCUCGCCACGGCGGGGCUUGACAACGCUGCGCUGGUCGUGGAGGGCUAUCAGAGCAGCUCCGGCAUGCACGUGGACCAGUGCCUCUGGUCCAACGUGGGCAGGAACUGGUGCGGCUUCAAGCUCUUCGCCCUCUGGCCGUGGACGGAGAGGCACAGCAUCAUCGACGACGCCGGCAAGGGCACCGUCUUCCACCUGCCCCUCUCGGAGCGAGACGUGGGACUGCUUCGCCGGGCCGUGAAGGUGGCGCUGAUUCGCCCUGGAGACGUGUGGGUGUUCAGCGGCGGCCAGCCGCACACCGCCCUCUGCGUGGGCGACGGUCUCAGCAUCACCGCGUACGAGUCCCUGGUGCCGGCGCACCCGGACGCGGUCGCUGGCUGCCCGCAGCUGGGUGUGUGUGUGUGUGUGUGGCCGGACACUGUGUCGGCCUUGACAGCUGCGGGGCUUUCGGCCCGAGGCAUUGGUCUUCGGUGCUCCCCGAGGGGGGCGUGGACGGGGAGGCUUAGAGAGAACCUUUGGAGGGUUCUUGAGUUUCCAUGGGGUUCCGAGAUGACCAUGUUUUCGUCGCGCUUUCCGUUCCCGUUGGGAUUGUGUGGCGUUCGGAAGACUCCGUGUAAGAAUAGCGGGUUCCUGGCUUGUUGA